UCGAUUGAGAAUCACAGUUCAGAUGAAAAACAUGGCGGCUUGCAUUUCCUUAACAUCAAAGUAGAUACAGUCGUAAAUGAAACUAGAAGUGAUCAUAGAAUUCUUGUCAGGAAUGAGCAAAAAUUCAAUAGUUAACCUAAAUCUAAUGUCUUUUGUAUGUUAAAAGAAAUUUAACUAGAUCGUACAUAAUUCGCGUCAAAAGAUGGUAAAACUAUAUGCGCUGUCUGUUUUGUAUAAAAAUCCUACAUCAGCGACAAUGUUAAAAGCUGCUUAUGAUGUAGAGUCAUUUUCGUUUUUUCAAAGAGGAAGCAUCAAAGAGUUUAUGACAUUUAUAAGUAAGACUAUUGUGGAACGUACUCAGAGUUGCUCUAGACAGAGUGUGAAGGAAGGAGAUUACAUGUGUCACGUGUUUGUACGAGCAGAUAAUCUUGCUGCAGUACUUAUAUCGGACCAUGAAUAUCCUAGAAGAGUAGCACAUACACUAAUUACAAAAGUUAUGGACGAUUUUGUAGCAAAAUAUCCACAAUCUAUGUGGGAUACGUUGAAUGAAGCUAUGACUGACUUUGCACAGGUUAACAUAUAUUUAGCGAAAUAUCAAAACCCAAAUGAAGCAGAUGCUCUUACUAAAAUGCAAAAUGACUUAGACGAGACAAAAAUUAUUUUACAUAAUACAUUAGAGGCUGUUCUUAAAAGAGGUGAGAAUUUGGAUGAAUUGGUUUCCAAGUCACAAGGUCUUAGCGCUCAGUCGAAAGCGUUUUACAAAACUGCACGUAAAACUAAUUCGUGUUGUAGUUUAACUCCUUAAAACUCUUUGUUGUGAAAAUCAUGCUGACUAUGUUUCAUUGUAAUUUUAUAAUAUCAAUACAGAGUGCAAAGAAAUUAGUAUUACAUACAGAUUUCAUUAAAAUGGGUAAUUUGUAAAUUCUACAUGUAGUUGGCAUCAUGUGACAAAAUUCGAUAUUUUGUGUACAGAUUGUUUGUAUAUAAGGUGUAUUAAUGCACUUAAAUAGUGUAUCGAGCUACUGCCGGAUUCACUCAACUGAUUUUAAUACUUUUUAUUCGUUCUUAAUUUUUUUUUUUUUUUCUUUUUGUAAAAACCAACUUGGUCUUAGAAGAAUCGUACUAUAGUUUUGUGUAUAGGAAUACAUUCCGACUUUUAUUUAUAUAUUGACAAAAUAUAAAAAAACGAUUAUAAAAGUAAAGUGAAUAUUUCUCUACUAAAGAUAAGUAUAUGAUGUAAGUACAACUUUUAAAUUUAUUUAAGUGCCGAGAUGGGUUAUUACAAAAUGAAUCUUUGUAAACAGUUACCUUAGUGUUUAUUUAUAACGUAACGUAGUAUAAUAGUAAAUGAAAAAUAUUUUUGCUAUUAAAA